AUGGCAAAACUAUCUUUGGCCGGAUUGCCAAAGGAGUACUAUGCCCUAUGCUCGCUCAAUAUUGGAGUCGCCAACGUGCUCGUGACCAUAUCGGAGGGCAAUGGCAAAAGCGUAUCCAACGUAUCCAGCGUACUCGGAGAAGAAUCCGCUGAACUUCAAUUCCGGAUCCCGAUUACCAUCCCAUACUGGACCGCGACAACCCGAGAGGACAGGUUGCCAUGGCGAGAACAGUUCAGCUCGAUCAGCUCGCUAUUAGGAACGCGGGAAACACCACUCGUCGAACACCCCUUCGGUCUCCAAUACGUCCACGAUGCUGCGGUUUCCCACUUGCCUGAAUGGAAAGCUUAA